UCCAGGAAUUCAUAACAAAAGAAUUUUUUUCUCAACUCAAGAAUGGCUAAGGUUUAUGCACCUGUUAAAUUUGAUUGCAGCAUGAUCAACAGCUAAGGUCGCUUGCCACAGCAAAAUACAUGCAAAUGCAGAGUGAGAAAGGUAAGCCGCCGUAAACGUUAUAAUGGCGGUACCUGCUCAGAGUAGCUUGCCCGCGUUAAAACGCGAAAUCCGUGAGCAUGCCUGUACAGGCUGGUAUAAAAAGAAAAAUUUUCACACAGUUCAUUCAGUUGUGGGAAAAACCCAGCAUUCAGCGACACUUUACAAUUAACUGAGCGGUGGAAAUUCCCAAGUUUCCACAGAUUUUUGUAAUAAACACAACUAAUUUUGGCCAAAAAAUAUUCAACUAACUUGGGGAAAACCAAGUGUACCGGUCCUUGGAGUAAACCAUACACUUAUAAGCAUAAUUAAAGAGUCAACGAAGCAAAAACACAAUAAUGAUGAAUCCACGCUUGCGAUUAGAGAUCACGCUCUUGGGCGUUUUAUUAAUAAUUAAAUACACCGGCUGUCGUCCAGUAAUGGACAUCGAAACGGAAAUAGUGUUGGAUGACCUCUUUGAGAUGGGAACUGGUUUUUAUGUAUUCAACACAACGAAAGACGAAUCAAACGAUGAUGCGAUCAAUUGCCCCGAACGUCAGAAAGGGCAAACAUUCUGCACCGAGGUGACAAAUUAUUUGGAAGCAACACAAUUGAAUAAAUUUAGUAGAGAGGAAUUUGAAAAGUUCAAACCAUACUUCAAAGAUGAUUUCGUACAACCAGUAAAUGUGACGAAUCGCAUGAACGACGACAUUGAUGAUAGCUACUAUUGUGAGAGCAAAACGCGAUUGGUUUACCCGAAGGUAGCCGAAACUGUGGAAUCGAAAUGGCUGAUGGUUGUGCAGCACGAACAAUACAAGCAAGGCGUUCUAGUGGAGCAAUGCGAAAAUGAGGAUGCGCCGUGCAAAUUUGACGAGCUCUUGCCGCUCGGCGUCAAAUCGCGAUGUAAGCAACAUUUCGUUUAUAGAAGUUUGGUGGUGCUGGUGGAUGGCGUCAUGCAUGAGCGCAUGGUGCGUUUGCCCAACGCUUGUAAAUGUGCGCUGCGCGAUUUGAGGAAGAGUUGAAGGUGGCGAAAUUAGCUUAUUUAUUAAUUAUUGUUCAUUAAAUAAUUCUGAGAAUUAUUUGUACAAUCAUGUGGUAGAGGAUAAUUCAUAGAAUGUUUUGUUAAUUUAUUGAAUAAGUACGAAAUAAACUAUAAAUAUAAUGAGUAUGUAGCAGUAGA